AUGAGAAAAGAACUACAAUUCCUUAUAUCUGUCCAUUUGUUUAUCAUAUUAUUUCUUGUUUAUCAAACAUUUGAUUUAAUAACUCUGAUAUAUGAUGAUACAUUUGAAGAUGCUUUAAAUUCAUUAGAUUUACAUCCAAAAGUUGCUAAACCUGAAUUAAUUCCAAAAAUUAUUCAUCAAACUUAUAAAGAUACAAAUAUACCUUCACAAUGGCAAAAUGGUCAACAAAGAUGUAUUGAUUUACAUCCAGAUUAUCAAUAUAUUUUAUGGACUGAUGAUAUGGCUAGAGAAUUCAUUAGUGAAGAAUAUCCUUGGUUUUUAGAAACUUGGGAUAAUUAUAAAUAUCCUAUUCAAAGAGCUGAUUCUAUUCGUUAUUUUGCCCUAAGUCAUUUUGGUGGUAUUUAUAUUGAUUUAGAUGAUGCUUGUGAAAAAAAAUUGGAUCCUUUAUUAACUGUUCCAGCUUUUGUUAGAAAAACUAUUCCAACUGGUAUUUCAAAUGAUGUUAUGGGAUCUGUUCCAAAACAUCCAUUUUUCUUGAAGGCUAUUGAUAAUUUACAACGUUUUGAUUGGAAUUAUUUGAUUCCAUAUGUUACAAUUAUGUAUUCAACUGGUCCUUUAUUCCUUAGUGUUAUUUGGAAACAAUAUAGACGUUGGAAUAUCAUUCCAGAAUCUGGUAAAGUUAGAAUUUUAUUCCCAGAAGAUUAUAAAAAACAUACAGAUUCAUUUUUUUCAUAUACUGAAGGUUCAUCAUGGCAUUUAGAUGAUGCUAAAUUUAUCAAAAGUUUAGCUCAUCAUAUUGGAUUAUGUGUUUUCAUUGGAUUCUUAGUUGCUGGUAUUUUAUUAUAUGGUGAAUAUAGAUUAUAUGUUUGGUUAAUUAAUGGUGGUUAUAAAUCUUCAUUUUUAAAGAAAUGUUGGAAUAAAGUUUUCAAUAAAAAUCAAAAUAUUAAAAGAAAUAGAAAAAAUUCAAAUUUACCAAGAGCUGAAUCUAUUCUUUUAUAUUCAAAAGAAGUUGAAGAUGUUUAA